AUCUUCUACAUUGGAGCGCUGUACACAUAGUACAGGCAAGUCUCCAUACAAGUUUAGUUUCCCUUGUUUACGGGAACGGAUGGCGUGACGUCAGUGCUAUCAUCGGCGCAUCAGAGCGUCUCCGUUCGGAAAUGCAGAGAGAGAGAGUAGGUGUGUGUAGUGUGUGUGAAAGAGCCACUGACUAUGCAAAUCCCCGGUUCCUGAGAUGGAUCCCAAUUCCUUCACUUAAACUUCAGGCGAACAAUUAUUGUGUGUCUUGUUCCUACUAUGUAUUCUUUUUCCUUCUUCUUUCCCGUUCUGUUUGUUGUACAUCGCACAGAAAUCUUAUGAGCUCAUGUCGCGCUCACUUUCAACUAACCGUCGUACAUGAACCAGCAUCGAGAAACGGCCGGAUCUCUUGCCCCCCCUCCUUUUCUCUCAUAGUAUGUACUAUGUAUACUCUGUAUUCCGUACUCCUAUGCAUCGCCUUGUUUUCUUCUUCGGGGCAGAAUCCGCACAAGAGCAGUGAUCAUCCCUCCUGGGAAAUCCUAAUCAGACCAUGUCUGUGGCAAAAAAGGAAAAAAAAAAAAAAAAAAAAAAUCACACGCAUAGCAAUUUGGGUUGUCUAGCGUGGGCUUGGAUGGAGGAGAUGCUUCCCCCUGUUAGCCCCAUGCAGUAUUAUUUUAAAUCAUCCUAAGCAAGCUUCUUCGCUUCCUCAU